AUGGCUCAGAAUGACGUUGAAUACACGCUGAAGAAUGGCUCUGUCAUUCAGGAUACCUAUGAAAUCCUAGAGCCUAUCGGCCAAGGUGGCAUGGGCGCUGCGUAUAAAGCAAAGCACAUCGCGAUGGGGCAUUUGGUUGCCGUUAAGGUGGUGAACCAAAACCUGACACGCGAUACGCGCACAUUGGAAUUGUUCAAACGCGAAGCGAAUUUGCUGCGCGAGUUGAGCCAAUCCGACCCUGAAAAUGCGAUCGUGAAAAUCGAAACCCUGCUGCAAGACAGCGAGGGGACAUAUUACCUGAUUAUGGAAUAUGUCGAUGGGCAGCCCCUGUCGUUUUAUACGAAACGCGGGGCCAAACUGCGCGAUGAAGACCUGAUGAGCUUUGCGGAUCGGAUGAUCAAAGCGUUGGGCACAAUCCAUAGCAAAAACAUCAUUCACCGCGAUAUUUCGCCCGACAAUAUCAUGGUCCCAAAUGAGAAUAUCUUGCAGGCCAAAAUCCUUGAUUUUGGGGUCGCGACGGACACGGUGUUGGGUGAAAAAUCCAUCAUUGGCGAUACGUUCGCGGGCAAGCUGGGCUACGCGUCGCCCGAACAAAUGGGCCUGUUUGGCGGCGAGGUCACGGGGAAGUCUGAUCUGUAUUCGCUGGGUUUGGUUUUGCUGUCGACUGCGGGGCUGAAAGGUCCGGGCACGGCGGAUAUGGCUGCCGCGGUCGAAGCACGCAAGCAGGAUUAUGACCUGUCUGACAGCAAGUUAUCAGCCGAUGCGCGGGCGUUGAUCGAAGGAUUGUUGAAGGCAGACCCGAAAGAUCGCCAUGUGGUUGGGCAGAGUGCUGUGCCCGUUGCAACAGGGUUGCCCGCUGCAGCCACGACAGAUGAUACGAUGUUCCUUGAGGAGGCGCGGCCCCCACAGGCAACAAGAAACCAAUGUUGA